CCGACAAAAGGUCGACCGCACCACCCCAUCGACGACUUGAUUGAAGAGGCGGAUCGCCAACAAGAUGCGCUGUUGCAGAAGGAGUCGCAUACCCUAGCCAAUGCUGUGCGCGCAUACGAAGAACGCAGAGGACGACGGCCUCCGCCAGGUUUUGACGUCUGGUUUCAUUUCGCCCAGGAAAACAAUGCCUUGGUCAUUGAAGAUUUCUUCGAUCGCAUAUACCACGAUUUGAAUCCUUUCUGGGCUGUGCCUGCUCUUACGAUACGCCAACAAGCUGGCGACAUUUUCCACCGUAUCAGUAUUCGCAAUGGCAAUACAUCGCAGCUCAGCGAUCAACCGCGCGUGUGGCUAGAUCUAUGGGAGAACUUGAUUGGUACAAUCGCUCAACAUCUGCCCGAUCUAGACAUUCCCAUCAAUGUCAUGGACGAAUCGCGCGUCGUGGUACCUUGGGAGACGAUUGAUGAAUACAUGACUGUAGAAGAGAAGUCCCGGCGCAUUGUCCCUGCUUCCGAGGUCGUCCACAAGUUUGGCAAGACGUCGGUCGCGCAAGAUGAGGAAGUGCCUGGAUUCGACCCUCAAUGGGAAGGCGGACCAUACUGGGAUCGCGCUGUCAUUGGCUGUCAUCCUGAUUCUCCUGCUCGCUCAUACAAGGCAGAGGUGGAUUACACUGUUUUCCCGCCUCUGAACAACUCGUACCCAGAGAAGAGUCACCACGGCUAUGUCGCCAAUUGGACAUAUGUCAAACAGCCCUGCGAACAUCCUCAACUGCAGGGUCUCCACGGCACAUUUGUCGAGCCCAUUUCCAUAUCCAAUUCGAGAAAGCUCAUGCCUCUUUUCGGAGGCUCAAAACUACCCAUGAACAAUGAGAUUCUUCUACCACCAGCCAUGUACUGGACAGACGAUCCGUUCUACUCUGGAGGAGAGGAACAUGGCACUGAGUGGAGCAAGAAGAAGAACAAGAUAAUCUGGCGUGGUGCAGCUUCUGGUGGUCGCAACAAGGAUACAACGUGGGCUCGUUUCCAGCGUCAUCGCUUCGUAUCAAUGGUGAACGCUACCAGCAUUGCUUAUGCUGAAGAAACAGGCAAACAGCCGAACUUCGAACUGCCCGAGUCCGGGUCGUAUGACCUACCAUCUGGAUCGCUAGCCAAGUGGGUAGGUGAGUGGGGAGAUGCGGCAUUUGUACACUUGCUCUGCUUUCCUGACACAAGACCACCGUUUUGUGACUACGAUGAUGCCUACUACCAGGUCAAGGCAUCGAUGCCGAUGGGAGAACAAUACAACUACAAGUAUCUGCCAGACAUUGAUGGAAACUCGUUUUCUGGACGAUACCGUGGAUUCCUCGGAUCAACAUCUCUACCUAUCAAGGCAACGAUAUACGACGAAUGGCAUGAUUCACGAAUGAUGGCAUGGAAGCACUUUGUGCCCAUGGAUAACACGUUUGUGGAUAUUUACGGCAUCAUGCAUUACUUUUUGGGUGGCCGUGAUGCAGCAGCCAAGAAGAUUGCACUCGAAGGCAAGCAGUGGACUGAGACUGUGCUUCGACGAGAGGACAUGCAGAUAUAUGUUUUCAGGUUGCUGUUAGAGUAUGCAAGGUUAUGCGACGAUAACAGGGAGAAGCUUGGGUGGGUCAGCGAGACGGAGAAACUGUUGCUGGCCGAUGCAAACGCAGCU